CGGGGCUUGAUUGGCAGGCGGGCUUGUAAUAGUCAUGCGCAGAAGAUUCCACUCAUUCCUCCAGCAAUGCAAAGCAUAAAUAGAAUUCCCACAGGAAAUACACGGAUGAGUGCGAAUUUGAAGAAAGAAACUCUUUAUUUUAGGACACCUGAAAGCUGCCUCCACGUUUAAUCGGAGGAUAAGGAAAUGGCCGUGGGUAAAGGCAUAGUUGAAAAGCUAUGCAUUGUGAUUUAGACUGUCUCGGUAGCCAUAGUUUCGAGAGGAAUAAGCGCGGCUAUCGAUCUUUAUAGAAUGACUGAUGCUCGCAAGCCGCGAAGAUGUCAGAUCAUAAUGCUGGACGAGCGACGACUGGAUCUUUUAGUUCAGCCUCGGCUCAUGGCGUGUGAUUUGCUUGAUAUGGUUGCCUCGCAAGUCGGCCUCCACGAGAAAGAAUAUUUUGGCCUAUCUUACUCCGAUGACACGAGUCACCAGAACUGGCUACGGCUUGACAGACGUGUUCUGGAGCAUGACCUUCCCAGAUACCAGGACCCAGUUCUUUUAGUAUUUUGUGUCAGGUUUUUUGUCCCAAACAUUUUAAUCUUAAAAGAAACAAGCACUGUGGAGCUUUUCUUCCUCCAAGCAAGAAUUCUUGUUUUUAAGGGUACAAUUCAGUGUGAUAGUGAAACCGUGUUUGAGCUUGCUGCCCUCGCUCUUCAUGCAACCAAUGGAGACUACACAAGUGAUGAGGCAGCGAAAGUAGAACUCAGGAAGCUACCUGUUCUUCCAACUAGAACACUCAAAGAACGACCAUCCAUAACUUAUUGUGAAGAUAAAGUGUUAGAGUACUACAAGAGAUCUGCUGGGCAGACAAGAGGUGAAUCUAUUGUCAGGUAUCUUUGUAUUUUUCAAAGUUUGCCAACUUAUGGUGUUCAUUACUAUGAAGUUAAGGACAAAACCAAUAUGCCAUGGUGGUUAGGACUCAGUCCUAAAGGAAUUGGUCUUUAUGACCAUGGAGAUAAGAUCAAACCCAGAAAGAUUUUCAUGUGGAGUCAGAUAGAGAAUAUAUACUUUCGGGACAGGAAAUUCUCCAUUGAGAUUAGAGAUUCCUACAGAUAUGAAUUUAAGGACAGUAAAGCUAGAACAAUAAGCCGCAAGCCAGGCGCAGGAAGCAUGAUGGUUCAUGCCUGGUUUUCCAGCACAGCUGCAUUGGCCAAAACAAUGUGGACGAUGGCUAUUAGUCAACAUCAAUUUUACCUGGACAAGAAACAGGUUGAGGCCAAGAUAACUCUGCGGAGAACUCUUCGAGACAUGGCACGUGAGUUGUCGCAGUCCACAGGAUCAUUGCCUUCAUCCACUUCAGACAGCAUGAGUACCAAGAGUGAUCAGUCGCACAGUGUGUCCAGCGUCAGCAUGAAUGGAGGUGAUAACUUAUCGUCGCUUCCUAAAGCGGCGGAACGCGAGAUGUUGACAGCUUUGGCGGCGAGAAAAGAGGCUCUUCUGGAUAAACUGAAAGAAAAGAUGGACGAACUCAAAUCACUGUGUAUGCAGGAGGCGGAAUUAACCGGCGAGUAUCCCCCGGAGACCCCCUAUACCCCUGGGAGUCCCCUGCCACCAAUCCGACGGAGAGUAGGCACCGCCUUUGAAUUCUCCGAGUUCAUCAUUAGCGGCGAAAAGGACGAGGAUGAGGAAAUCAAGACCAUGGCAAGAGAGCUUGAAAUCCAGUCACAGAUAACAACUGCUGCGCAGAAACUUGCCGAGGACCGUAGCGUUAACAAGAACGUCAGAAAAACUAGGAAGUUAACGUACCAGAAGUCACUGAGAAGGCUCAAAGACAUGGAAGAGAAUCUUCGAAAAGUGAAGGAAUCUCGAUUGCCAGUGAAGUCCAACCACGAUGUGGAAGAUAGCAGUGUAGGAGAAGGUUUCUAUCGUUCUCAUUCGUUAUCCAACGGGAGCAGCUACACUCAAACAGAGAGACUAAGCCCUCAGCGCUAUCGAACAAGCGUCAGCCUGAGCCUUGCUUCAAGGAACGGAAGUAUCAUCAGCGCAGAAAGCCUUCAGGAUAGGGAUGCACUCGAGCGGGGUUAUUAUAGCGGGCCACCGUCUCCGGUGAUAUCACCGUAUCGGAAGACUCCUCCGAGUCCCACGGUUAGGUCUUAUCAGGGAAUCUCAGAGACACGGCGACAGCAUAGCCCCCUUGCUAAUGGUCCCCGGGCGGGGAGAUUUUCGCUCUUGGGGGAAAACAACCGUGCAAUUCCGGCGUUCCAGUAUUCGGAUAGUGAUACUCGCAGCGACUCCUCUACGAAGCCGUCCUCGGUGAGUUCGUACGCGAACUCGGAAGACCUCGGAGAAAAUCCGGAACCUUACGGGCACCAUCGGAGAAUCGGCAACUCGUGUGAAAGUUUGGACGAGAAUCACAUCCGAGGGCCGAGUCCUCGGUUGUUUGUAAAUCGUUCCGCGGGACAGAGCUCGGAGAGUCUUAACAGCGACCACGAAGGAAGCAACUCCCCGUUUAGUCCUAUGCGGAGUCAACGGUCAUUUUCAUUUGACGCUCGACCUUCCAACUUAAGACUCCCAAAUGCGAAGUAUUUAAACACCAGUGACUUGGCAAUUAUGAGUACUUCAGGCAUGGCGGGAACUUAUUCUGUGAAUCACAAUUCAAGACUGUCUCCUAAUCUCUCUGGUAAAGGCUACAUAUCAACGUCUUUAUCGACCAUUGAUAAGCCUGCCCUGCUAUCGAAUAUGAAUCUAAGGACAGCUAAAUCUCAAGUGAACAUGUCAGCAGUACCUUACCUGACAAAUCCGGGAUAUUAUCGGACUAACCAACCGUCGGAAUCGUCCAUAUUUGAAGAGGACUUGCUAGAAUGGAGAGCGAACGACGAUUCAGAGGCCACGUUGGUGUAAACUCGAUAUCUCUAAUCAGGAAAAUAAUCUAUCGGUUCUCUUGAAGUACAUCUGAGAUGGCAUGAAGCUACUUGAAUGGAAGAGAAUAACAAAUCACGGACGCGAUAUUGGCAUAGAUCGAUAUCUUGGGGAAAGGACGGUUGGAGAUCGGCCGAGAGUUCGCAAGGCUGCUUCGUUUAACUGCCGAAUAAAUUUUAGACAUAUUUCAUUGCAUCACCGCUGGUAUAGUUGUAUAUGAACACAAAAAGAAAAUAAUUGUUUUGUAGUUGGUUAAAUCGGCAUUCAUUACCAAAUGGUUGUGUAUUGGAAAGCAAGUGUCACAGGUUUUCGUUACCCGAGUCACGCCACUUUUGUCUGUUGCGUGACAACCCAAAUAACGAAACAAAAGGAAAAUUCAAAUGUGGUUAAAAUUCGUUACAAAACUAUAUAUGGUUUACGUUUGUAAUUUUUUAAGGUGAUAGUAUUUUGUACAGAUUACUAAAAUUUUAGCUCAGAUCUACCUUUAAAUAGUUACUGGUAGAGCUGUUCUUUAUCAGUUUGAUAAAUUAAGACUAAUUUUUGACGUAUAUAUGUAUCACUCUACAAUAUUGACAAAUAUUUAGCACUAUGUCGUGGCAAUUCACCAGAUUAAGCAAACUGCCUUAUCAGUUAAAAAGAACCAAUUCACGAGGUUAUAUUGAUAAUUUUGAAUAUUUAUCCGACAAACGAAAUCGAAAAGAAUUUGUUGCAACGUUGAAGCAGAAUGUGCCAACGAACAGUCCUGAGUUUGCGUUAAUUUAUCACGUGCCUGUUUUCUUGGAAACAAAAAACUAGUCAUAUGACGUUGGCAGACAUGGAAUUUUUCGAUAAAACACUUAGCUGAGCUACCAAUUUGUUACCCAACCUGAAAGGUUAAAUUUCAUGGAAUUUUAAAUAUUCUAUGGAUUUUAUGCUUUUAAAUAACCUGACAUUUGUAUUCUGGGAAAUUUUCUUCCACCGUCUCUAUUUCGUGCAUGGUUUGUCCUUUUCCAUGAAAUGGUUUCCCUACUUUAUAGAAUGUUUACGUUUCCAUAAAAUCUCACCCUUUAACAAUACACGCCUUAUAAAUAAUAUACUUUGUGUUGGCUCUCGUUCCACUUCUGAUAGAUUCUGGUAGGUUCGUAGUUUAAGUUGUUAGUUUUGGCAUGAAAGAGUCACUACACCAAUAUAUCAAAAAGAUUUCCGUGUAUAGCUGCUAGGUCGAUCAGGCAAGCGUAGUACGUGUUAUUACAUCUGACAAAGAGGUGCCAAAAAAGUAUGUCUAAACCUUUAUGUUGUGUGACCCAAGGUAGGAGUCAGCGUGAACACAUGUUAAACGGUGAAAUGCAAGCGAAUGGAACUGAAUUCGAUUUUGCUGAAUAUGUCUUAAAACUGCUCUGAACAAGACUUCAAAAUGUACAUUAAUAACCAAUGACACCAAAGUGGAAAUAACUAUCUAUACUUUUGAGUUUUGCCGUUCUGUAUUUAUUUCAUAGAAUGCGGGUGAAAAUAUCUCGCUAUUAUAUAAGGUCGUCUCAGGCUCUUAAUCGGAUUUAUUAUGUACGGGUUUUUUUUUUUGAGUCCGUGUGGUAAAGGUGCAACAGAGGACAAAUUGAAUUUUGAGUAAAACUGAUAUUUCAUAUUAAAUUGUGUAAAUACUAAAAGGAAAUACCUAUCAUUCUAGCUAAUUUUACCAUGUUUUUAUUCCUAGCGAUCUCAUCAGUUCCAUUAUGUACGCAAAGUAUUUAAAUAAAAUGUGAACGUACAUAA